AUGCAUGGACAUGUAAAGAAGACACGGCCAUCUCGUCGACAAGUUCGCUUUCCAGCCAUUAAACACCAAACCCGAUCUAAAACAUCUCCAAAGCCAAGCCAGCUGAACGGAGACGCUUCCGCACCAUCUGUCCUGCAUAUUGACCCAUCGUCUCCUCGACCUGAUAAGAUGGCCACUGGAGAACAACCCCCGCGACGAGGAGUCCCGGCUCUGUUUACGCAGUUCCCCGCCAUCCGUGACGACCUGGAUACGGAAACGUCGCGGGUACAGGAAGAUACCGUCAAGCAGUGUUUGCCAUUUCUAAAAGGCGUCGCCCAGUCGCUCUAUGGUCCUUUCAACGAACAUGGAAUCCCUAGUCUCUAUCGAGAUGUUCAUGUCGCCUAUCUUUACGAUGCUCUCGAGGAGUAUCCGGGCAAAUUUGUUGGACUUGAUGCAAGCCGUCCGUGGAUGAUGUACUGGGCGCUGACCGGAUUGUAUCUCCUUGGAGAAGAUGUUACGAGACUGAGGAAACGGGUGAUAUCAACUGCCGCGCCCAUGCAAAAUCCUACUGGUGGAUUCGGCGGAGGGCAUGGCCAAAUGUCACACUGUGCCUCAUCAUAUGCCGUUAUUCUCAGUCUGGCUAUGGUCGGGGGAGCUGAAGCCUUCAGCCUAGUGGACCGGGUGGCUUUCUGGAAAUGGCUAGGGCAAUUGAAGCAACCAGACGGCGGAUUUCAAGUGUGUCUUGGGGGCGAAGAGGAUGUGCGAGGUGCAUAUUGUGUGAUGGUAAUGAUAGCACUGCUGGAUUUGCCAACUGAGUUACCACCUGAUGCGCCCGCAAGGCAAUUCGGAUAUGACACGUUUAUGAGUGGAUUGCCGGAAUAUCUGUCCAGAUGUCAAACAUUUGAAGGAGGGAUUUCCGGCAGCCCUGGGACGGAGGCACACGGUGCCUACGCAUUCUGCGCACUAGCAUGCCUAUGCAUCCUGGGUAGUCCCGGCGAAAUGAUCAAUAAGCAUCUGGAUGUCCCUUUGUUAAUCUCGUGGCUGUCUGCAAGGCAAUAUGCUCCCGAGGGCGGAUUCGCGGGACGUACAAAUAAAUUGGUCGACGGCUGUUACAGCCAUUGGGUCGGAGGCUGCUGGCCACUGAUUCAGGCUGCCCUGAACGGCACGCAAUCAAAUGCCGAUGCCCCACAGCCCCGAUUCGGAAGCUUGUACAGCCGUGAGGGUCUGACCAGAUAUAUUCUAGGCUGCUGCCAGUCCCCUCACGGAGGAUUGCGGGAUAAACCUGGCAAACAUGCCGAUUCUUAUCAUACGUGUUACACCCUCGCAGGGCUAAGUAACACGCAGAGCUACCACUUUGAAACUGCCACUGGGUCCAUAGCACGAGGGCCGUUUUCUUCGGCAUUUUCAUGGUCACAUAUCCCCUUAACAUCAAAAACGGACAUUGAGCCUGACGGAAUCGUGUUUCACGAAAGAGAUCGGCUCAAAGUUAUCCACCCCCUCUUUGUUGUCCCUCAUUCAGCCGCGGAAGGUAUGAAAUCCUGGUAUGAGUCUAACCAGGUCCCAGAGCUUUGACGUUCUUAAUAUUCCAAAAAGCAGGCGAGUACGGAGUACCUCAGGAGGAUAUUAAGCUCAUCCGCUAGGUGGCUCUUUGGAAAUUUAAGGCUCCAAGAGGCAAUAUUCGGCUCUUUCAUGGAGAUAUUUGCUUCGGAUCUUUGGCGGAUAGCCCCGGGGGCUCUUGGCGCAUUAAGGCCAAAAUUUUUUUUUUUUUUUCUCUCUCUCUCCGAGCUAAAAGCCGUAGCUAGAGUGGUUGGGGGCUGUUUUGUUUGCAGAUACUGACAGCGAUAUCAUAGCCAAUACGACUAGUUUCGGUGUCGUGAUCCUUGAGAACCGGAAAUGGCGACUUUGUAAGGUUAUCGUACUCCCUGCCUUGGUAUCUACAUAUGUUUCAGGGGUAGGAACACAGAGCCGUGCAUUGAACCAAGCAACAUGAUCCUCGAAGAUCAUUUCUAUCAUCGUGUCCAUAGUGAAGAUGGUUCGGUCUCGGAGGACGGAAGUGAGGUAUUUUGUUUGAUGUUUUCGAUUUGCUCUGUUUCUUCAAUUGUGGUCGCAAUUCGCUCGUCUCAUGAGCAAAAACGAGCGACCGUAUUAACCGUUUUGGGGGUGCGUCGCAUAUGCUUCCCCACUGCCAACUCAUCAUUGCAUCUGAUGCCUGUCACAGCGCAUGCUUGGUGUUGAAAUUUCCCCGGAUUUGUGGUCGACUCAGGCUGAUGAUCCUAGCAAUGUUGACUGGAAGACCUGUCACUCACGCGUUUCCGGAUUGUCUUGACAUUGUGUGGGUAUCCCACCCACAUAAAGGCUAUUCCUGAGGAAGCCAUCUAGGAAAUUCACACAAGAUCAGUGAACCGACGGGUUGGUUCGUACGUGACAAGCCUUCGGGAUGACCAU